AUGAAUAGCUUUCAUCUAAUCGAAGAAUUAAAGAAUAUAAGAAUUAAAGAUGAUUUUUCGUUGGUGUCGUUAGAUGUAGUAUCACUGUUCACAAAUGUUCCGUUAGACAUAGCGAUUGACUGUAUAAAUGAGCAGUGGAACUGCAUUUCACGACAGUGCUCCAUACCCAGGGAAGAAUUUCUGGAAGCUGUGAAACUUGUAUUAGAUUCAACCUUUUUUGUUUUUGACAAAAAAAUUUAUAAACAAUCCUUUGGCACACCCAUGGGGUCACCGUUGUCACCUGUGGUCGCAGACCUCGUGAUGAGGAGGCUGGAAGGGGUUGCUCUGAUGUCGUUCAACAAAGACGUACCUUUCUAUUAUAGAUAUGUCGACGACAUUUGUUUAGCUGUUUCCUUGUCUGACGUGGAAUUAUUAAAAAAAACCUUUAAUGACUUCCACCCUCGUCUUCAAUUCACUUUAGAGAAUGGGGGGAAUAAACUUGAAUUUCUUGACGUUACAAUUUUAAAACACAACAAUGGCUUGAUUUUUGACUGGUAUCGUAAACCCACGUUUUCAGGAAGAUUCCUCAAUUACAUGUCCAACCAUCCGGUAUCUCAAAAAAGAGGCAUGAUUUUUUCGUUGGUUGAUAGAGCCUUUUUACUUUCAGACGUUUGUUUUCACAAAAAAAAUCUUAGAUUCAUCAUUGAAACCUUACUCAACAAUGAUUAUCCGAUGGCAUUUAUAUUUAACACUGUCAAUCAAAGAAUAAAACAUCUAAUAAAUAACAAAAUUAACGCAUUGAAGAAUAAUAGUGAUAAUGUUGAGGAAUCAGCAACCUACACGUGGCUAACGGUACCUUACAUUCCAACACAUUCAGAAAAAUUUAAAAGAAUCAAAUGUGACGACAUCAGAGUAUCUUUUCGUAGUCCGAAUAAAAUCAAUAAAUAUAUCAAAGUACAGAAAGACCCACGGCCCAAAGACUCUAAAAAUAAUGUAGUUUACGAAAUUGAGUGUAAAGAUUGUGCAGCAACGUACGUGGGACAGACGGGCAGACAGUUGAAAACAAGAAUUGCAAAACAUAAAAAUCACAUCAGGCGAAACACAACAAAUCGUUCAGUUAUUACCGAGCAUAGGCUGGAACACAACCAUGACUUUCAAUGGGACAACGUAAGAAUAUUAGAUGAAGAGCCGUGUUAUAUGAAACGCUUGAUAUCAGAGAUGAUUAACAUCAAGAAACAGACGAAUAGCCUGAAUUUACAAACAGACACUGAAGGACUCCACAAAGCGUACAUACCAAUAAUAAAUAAGUUAUAA